AUGUCCGACUCCCCCCAAUCCAAUUCAAAGGACGUUGAACAUGGUGCACCGUCACCCGAGGACGAAGCACAAAUGAACGACCCUCAGGACCCACUCUCGAGCGGCCACGCCUAUGAGUUUGAUGUUAAAGAGCAAGACAGAUGGUUACCCAUAGCCAAUGUUCGCACGCUUGCAUGGCGACAGGAUCCCCUCCUUGACUGGCGUCGCUUCUGCCCUGCCUAUCAGAGACAGCCGUCCCUCCUCCCCCCCGACGGCUAUAUGUCUAGCGAUUCGCCGCCCGAGUCGCCCGAAGCGCCUCGCGCCUCCUCGUCGUCGUCCAAGACGGACAAGGCUGAUAUAUACGAUGCUAACAUACGAAACUUUGCGCCAGUCGCCCGCAUCAUGAAGAAUGCGCUCCCCGAGAAUGCCAAAAUAGCCAAGGAGGCGAAGGAGUGCAUGCAAGAGUGCGUUAGCGAGUUCAUCUCGUUCAUUACAAGCGAGGCUUCGGAAAAGUGCCACCAAGAGAAAAGGAAGACGGUGAACGGCGAGGAUAUUCUGUUUGCCAUGACGUCUCUUGGGUUUGAGAACUACGCCGAAGCACUCAAGAUUUACUUGUCCAAGUACAGAGAGCAGCAGUCGACAUCAAACCGCGACGGCCAACAAAACAGACCAAACAGCCAGGGUUACGGUGCGCCAGGCCAGUCGAAUCCUGGCGGCGGCUUUGCCGGUGGUGAUCUCGGAGGCCAGCCAGAGGGCGCUGAUGCCCAAGGCUACAACAUCUACGGAGCUCAGCCAGGUCACAACGGUGCACCUGGGGAGUAUUAA